GAAUCAUCAAUCCGCUCAAAACAAAACCCCCCUGCAACAACGGCUACUUCCUCUUUCUCUUUCUCUCUCUAUCUCUAUCUUUAUCUCACUAAUUUCUCGCACCACUGUCUGUCCAAACCCUAAUCCGAAACUGCUUUCCACAAGAUGAAGCACUCAAAGCCCUCACGAAAUCAGAUCCUGAGGGAGAUUCCUCUUGACACUCCACCGUCAAACCCUAGCCCGAUCAAGCAGCCGAAAGGUUCUAAUCGAAAACACAAGUUUUCGAAAGAAAAUGAUUCACCGCACGAGAUCGGUUCUGUUCCAGAUUCGUCACCGUCUCCCGCAGCUGGUAAGUUGAAGUCGCCGCUUCCGCCACGUCCGCCUAACGCGCUUAAGCGGAAGCUUAGUAACGAUUUUGGUGUUGAAAAUGGCGUAUCCGGAUCGGAUGAUACUGGAGUCAAGGUUAUUGUGCGUGUGAGACCGACUAGUAAGAAUGAAGAAGAGGGGGAGGUUAUAGUCCAGAAGACUUCUGGUGAUUCGUUGACUAUUCUUGGUCAACCGUUUACUUUCGAUUCUGUGGCAGACGCAACGUCUACUCAGGUUGAUAUAUUCAAUCUUGUGGGAGCUCCCCUUGUUGAAAAUUGUCUAGCUGGAUUUAACAGCUCGGUUUUUGCGUAUGGGCAGACUGGGAGUGGUAAGACCUACACAGUUUGGGGGCCCGCCAACGCAUUGUUAGAAAACGAAUUAUCUAGCGAUCAGCAAGGUUUGACACCCCGUGUGUUUGAAAGACUUUUUGCCCGUAUUUCUGAGGAACAAAACAAACAUGCUGACAAACAACUCAUAUAUCAAUGCCGUUGCUCUUUUCUCGAGAUCUACAAUGAACAAAUCACUGAUCUGUUGGAUCCAGCUCAAAGGAACCUUCAAAUAAGAGAAGAUACCAAAACAGGUGUUUAUGUGGAAAAUUUGACUGAGGAGUCUGUUUGCAGUAUAAAGAAUGUGACCCAGCUUCUGAAAAAGGGGUUGUCAAAUAGGAGAACGGGAGCUACAAGCAUCAACAUGGAGAGUUCGCGUUCACAUAGUGUUUUCACUUGUGUUGUCGAAUCAAGAUGCAAGAGUAUGGAUGGCUUGAGUUCCUUGAAAACAAGUAGAAUUAAUCUUGUUGACCUUGCCGGGUCAGAAAGACAAAAGUUGACCGGAGCAGCCGGAGAGCGGUUAAAAGAAGCCGGGAAUAUUAAUCGUUCACUCUCACAACUUGGAAAUUUGAUUAACAUUCUAGCUGAGGUUUCUCAAAGUGGAAAACAGAGGCACAUUCCUUAUCGAGACUCGAAGUUGACUUUUUUACUACAAGAAUCUCUUGGUGGUAAUGCAAAGCUUGCCAUGGUUUGUGCCGUAUCUCCUGCACAAAGCUGUAAGAGUGAGACUCUUAGUACAUUGAGAUUUGCUCAGCGUGCAAAAGCCAUAAAAAACAAAGCAGUUGUCAAUGAACAGAUGCAAGAUGAUGUGAAAUCACUGCGUGAAGUUAUACGGCAACUUAAGGAUGAACUGUUGCGAAUGAAGUCAAAUGGUAACCAAGUUGACCCAGGAACAGGCUAUUCAACAGGUUGGAAUGCUCGGAGAAGCUUAAAUCUUUUGAAAUUUAGCUUAAAUCAUCAUCCAAUGAUGUUGCCUCGCAUGGAUGACGAUGAUCAUGAUAAUCAUGAUGAUGAUGAAGAAAUGGAAAUAGUUGAGGAAGCAGAGCAAGUUAUCAUAGCAGCCAAUGAGGCAUGCAAAAACAUGGAAUUAGAUACUACUGAUGCAGAUAAUCAAGAAAUCUUGACCCAUUCAUUAGAUAAUCAAACCUGUGAUCAAGAUUCUUUAGGUGAUACACCUAACCUAAGCAUAGUACCGUUUGAAGCAACCGCAGUUCUGAAAUCUCCGACUGCAAGCGUUACACCACGAGCUAUUAACAAUAGUAGAAAAAGUUUGAAGAAUUCCUCCACUUUGACUUCUUCUCCAGAAACCAACCGUUUGGCUGCGAGUUUAAUAAAUGGGCUUGAAGUAAUCAAUAAACAUAGACAAAGUUCUGUUUUGGGCCGUUCAUCAUUCAGAUUUUCAUCUAAAUCUGUUGCACCUGAACCAAAGCCAGUUAAAAAAGAGAUCGGUGUGCAAACAAUUUUUCCGGAGAACGAGUUUUUAUGCAGCAAUUGCAAGGGUAAAAGUUUGGUAGAAGUAAAUGAUGCAAAUGAGGCAAAUGAUGAUUUGAGUCUACAGUUGGUUCCUGUUGACUGUGCACCGUUGGAUGAUAAUUUAUCGAAGCAGAUUGUUAUUCCAAAAGCAGUAGAAAAGGUUCUUGCUGGAGCCAUAAGGAGAGAAAUGGCUUUGGAAGAGUUUUGCACCAGACAAAAUGCAGAAAUCAUGCAACUUAAUCGUUUGGUGCAACAGUACAAACAUGAACGGGAGUGCAAUUCUAUUAUCGGGCAAUUGCAGGAAGAUAAAAUAGCCCGUCUUGAGAACCUGAUGGAGGGUGUGUUGUCAGCAGAGGAGUUUGUAGACGACGAAUUGAGAUCUUUAACAUAUCAGCAUGAGAUACUUAAGGAAAAAUAUGAGAAUCAUCCUGAAAUUGUAAGGAAAGGAUUUGAGUUAAAAAAUGUUCAAGACGAAUUGGAGCGUUACAAGAACUUUUUCGAUAUGGGGGAGAGAGAUGUAUUGAUAGAGGAAAUUCAAGAUUUAAGAAGUCAACUUCAAUCCUACAUUGAUUGUUCACCAAAGUUGACCAAGAAAGAAAGUCCACUUUUGCAAAUAACCAACGGAGAGUCAACUUUCGAGAGUGCCGAACAGAGAUUCGAAUCCGAAAGAAUCCGAUUCAGCGAAACAGAACGCAAAUGGAAUUCGCUUAUCGAAGAACUGAAAUCGAAACUCGAAGAAAGUCAACUGCUUGCCGAAAAGCAAAAACAGGAGCUCGAUUGCGAAAGAAAAUGUUCAGAAGAACUGAAGGAAGCUAUGCAAAUGGCUAUGGAGGGUCACGCGCGUAUGCUCGAACAGUACGUUGAUUUGGAAGAAAAACAUAUGAACAUGCUUAUAAAUAAAAGGAUGAUUCAAGAUUCGGUUGAAGAUGUGAAGAAAGCAGCUGCGAAAGCGGGAGUUAGGGGUGCGGAAUCUCGAUUCAUAAACGCUCUUGCUACUGAGAUUUCAAGUUUGAAAGUUGAAAGAGAAAAAGAAAGAAGAAGAUUUAGAGAUGAAAUUAAAGGGCUUGAAGAACAGUUAAGUGACACUGUCGAAGCUGUUCAGGCUGCUGGUGAGUUAGUUGUUAGACUCAAAGAUGCAGAAGAAGCUGUUGCUGCUGCACAGGCACGGGCUAUGGAGGCUGAACAAGAAACAAAAAACGCUUUCAAACAAAUCGAAAAACUGAAGAAAAAGCAAAAGAUUGAGGUAUCAACAACCCCUGUUUACGAUAUGCCAAUAUACGAUACAGAGUCAAACUUCACAGUUGACCAGCAACCCAAAGAGGAAUUUGAACAAUUCUUUAAUGUGGAUAAAGAACCCACUUCCUGGUUCUCUGGAUACGACAGGUGCAACAUUUAGGUACCAAACUUUUGUCUCAAGAUUUGUUUGUACUAAUAGAAAGUUCCUGUUAUAGAAAUGUAAUAUUUCCAUUUUCAUCUUCACAAUAAUCUUUAGCCACUCUGUAUUAUAAUUUUAUUCGACGUAUAGAUAGGGUACGUAGGGCCCCUAUACAUAGAAAAUGUAAGUUUUAGAAUCUGAGAUCCUUUAUUUU